AAUGAAAUCCGCUAAUAAAGCGCAGCCUAGAACCGCUGCAUCGCCGCUCAAAUGGAAUGAAUAGCCAAGCGCGAGUUAAUUAAGAGUCUCCAGUUUAGCUCGGCGUGCAUGCUUCUUCUCCACAAGCUCCAAGUUUCUCCCCGUGUCUUGCUGCAAAGAAAGCGUGUCAAGCGUUCCGGCACCCGUGGUAAUGGUGAUCAUCGCCGUGGACGGUGUGGAUUUGGCCGCAGGGUUCCUGAUCAGACUGCACGACGGCUGGGCACUCUCGGCCGCGGCUGCCGUCUCGCUCGCCGUCUUCCUCCUUCUCCUCCGGUACGCCGUGGCGCCAUACUGUAGCCACCUCGGCGCGAGCCUGAGCGGGCUUCAAUCGGCGUUCGCGGGCGGCGACGAUGCAGCAGCCGUGGAGAGCUGCUGCCGCGCCUCGGGUGGCCUCGACGGCGCCACCAUUGCCCGGCUGCCGUGCUUCGUGGCCGCGCGUCGAAGCCGAAGCCAAACGACGUCCGGCGCCAACGACGCCACGACGGAUCACUGCUGCACGGUGUGCCUGGGCGCCGUCGAGGAAGGGGAGACGGUGCGGGCGCUGCCCUUCUGCCGGCACGCGUUCCACGCGCGGUGCGUCGACGCCUGGCUGCGCCUGCGGCCGACGUGCCCCGUGUGCCGGGCCACGUUCAGCUGACGGCGAGAGACUGCUGUACCAUGACGAGUUCUGUGAUUUGCUCAUGGCGAAGUUUCUUGUGGUCUGUUAUUUGCUUGCUCCCAAAUUUUACUCCUUUUUCUUUCGACUUGCUUGUUUCCUUUGUCUAUUGUUUUCGUUCCAACGAACUGAAAAUGUGAUGUUCUUUCUGAGAGAACUGAAAAAUGUGUACCGGCGA